CAAUGGGCAGCGCGCUGGGGAUCAUGCUGUUAACCAUUGGCUGGUUCAAAUAGAAAGCGAUUUACGCGCUAACGGCUCGCUGCAGUUCUAGUUGUGUUGCUCUAAGAACGGACGGUUUCGGUGAGUUGUCCAGUAACACAUUCUGAGAUUAUGGCUGAAAGCGGCUCCUGUGAUCGCUACGAGUUCGAUGCCCCGUCUCACGUAGUCGACUUCGUCGACCUGGAGGACGCUGGAGGGGAAGAUGUGUGGUUUGAACAACAGGCUGGAGCAGCAGACGGCCACCUGGUAACGCCUUCGAUGCCAGCGGCCUUGAGGAUCAGCCACGUGGCCGCUCUGCCAAGAGCCAUCGUAUCCCCUCACGUCAAGACCGAAGAGGACUCGGGUCCUAGCGCGUCCACAUCGCCUCCUCCGAACAUCGUUACGUCCUGGGGAGCUGGAGGUCCUGCUCGGACUGGUGCCCGACCAAAGAGGAGCGCCGCUGGCCAACCUCCUGCCAAGCCACGCAGGGUUUCAAAACGUAAAGAGAUGAGCAGCAGUGCAGCUCCACCGCCAUUGAAGAAACACAGGAAGUCUCCUAUUGGCCAACGACCCAGUAGUGUCCUGGGCAGCAAGGCGCAGCAGAAGACCAGGACGGCGCCCAAGGCCCGGCCCGCCGCCGCUCCUUCUAACACAGAGCCAACCAGCUCUGAGGAGCAGGAGCUGCAGCGCAUCAGGAACCUCCAGAAGGAAGUGGCGCUGCAUCGCCGGCAGAACGAGGCCAGCUACAAAGCCGCUCUGGCCGGCAAUCCACCCCCAAAGAAGGCGGCCGUGACGGCGACUGUGCCCAAAGAGUUCCACUUCAACACCAGCGCCAAGCCGGGCGCUUCGUCCCACGCCGCCCACAAGGAGGUGGACUUCAUCAGCCAGCUCCGCAAAUCCUCCUGCCCCGCAAAGGCUUUGACCGGCGCCACCGUGCCGAAGCCCUUCAACCUGUCCACCGGCCACAAGAGGGAGGCGGAGGAGGCGGCUGCCUACGUGCCCAUGGCUCAGGCCAUCGCGCAGUUCCAGAAGCGAACCCCAGACCGCUACCACCUGCGCAGCCGAAGGAGUCAGGAGAGAGGUCCAGCGGCGGCGAAGGGGGACAAGCUUAAGCUCACGCAGCCUCACACGCCCCACCUGAUGACCCGCCAGAGGAGCCGGCCGACCAACGUGAAGAGCAGCGAGGAGCUGGAGGCCGAAGAGCUGGACAAGCUCCACAAGUUUAAGUUCAGUGCCUUGGAGCUGAACAGGAAGAUUCUGCAGAGCGCCGAGCACCUGAGGAGGCCGGCGGCGAAGGAGCCCACCGUACCCGAAGGCUUCGAGCUGCAGAUCGACAAACGGCUCCACGAGCGACAGGCUGCCAAGAGGCCUCAGGAGGGGGAGGGUCACACCUUCAGAGCCCAGCGGCUGCCUAAGAGGAUCCUGGAAGGCGUGGUGGGGCUGCCGGAGAAGAAGGUUCUGCAGCCCACCGUGCCGGAGUCCCCGGCUUUCGCCCUGAAGAAGAGGAUUCGCCUGGAGAAGGUGGAGGAAGUCAAACAGCCGUCGCCCAUCAAGGCCCCCCCGGUGCCUCACUUUGGCCUCCCCUUCCAGCCCCAGCUACAGGAGAACCACAGCGUGGAGGUCUGUCCCUUCUCCUUCGAGGGGCGCGACCGGGAGCGGAGGGCGCUGAAAGAGAAGAAGCUGCAGGAAAUGCGAAAUGAAGAGGUCCCGCAGUUCAAGGCCCAGCCCCUCCCGGACUUUGACGCUGUGCUCCUCCCCGAGAAGAAGAAGCUGGAGCCCACGAAGCCGGAGCCCUUCAGGCUGCUGGUGGACGAGCGGGGAGCCGUGAGGAGCACUCGCCUGGAGCAGCUGGGGAAAGAGGAAGCCGUAGUAUUCAAGGCCAGGCCCAACACCGUCACCCAUAAAGAGCCCUUCCAGCCCAAGAAGGAGGCGCGCGGCACACUGGCGGUGGAGGCCUUUGAGCUGUCGACGGAGCGGCGGGCUUUGGAGCGGCAGGAGUUUGAGCAGCAGGCCGCUGAGAAGGAGGCUCUGAGGAUGCGCAUGGAGGAGGAGCAGAGACGAGAGCAGGAGCAGAAGGAGAAGGAGGAGAUCACCAGGAUGCGGCAGGAGCAGGUCCACUCCGCUCAGCCCAUCAGACACUACAAGCCCGUGGCCGUGAAGAAGAGUGAGGUUCCGCUCACAGUCCCACACUCGCCCAACUUCUCCGACCGCUUCCGCCUGUGAUCCAGCCGACAUCGAUGUAUUUAAACGCAUGCGUGUCUUCGUCUCAGAACUUUUACAGACUUUGCAUUGUGGGUCCGUAGAACUCUGGAUGUGAAGUUGCACAUUGAAGAGACUGAAGCUCAGUUCUUCUGUUCCACGUUGAGCUAUAGAUUGUUUCCUUGUGCUGUAUAUAAUCUCCCCUUUUCUAUCCUAACAAGCCAUUUACCGUUAGUCUCCUUUUUAUCAUCUAACUCUUGUUUUAAAUAAAAGUCAUAAAAUGAAGCUCUGACUUUACAUCCAUGUGUAAUGAAACUGAAAUACAGACAUCCUGACGCCGUUUACGUGAAGAAGACUUUGGUUAUGUGACUGUUACUAGGAAGAACUCAACAGGUUUUAUUUAAAACCCCAUUUACAGCCGGUGGGAUAUAAUGUUUGUCUCUGGCAGAGGGGCCCAGGACCCCUGUUGGAAGCCCAUACUAUGUUGUGUAAAAUUGUGUUUUAUAUUAAAUGGGGUCUUGUGCCACGUAUAAAGAAAUCCACCUUUUACAUGUGCAUUCACUACUAUUCAAAUAAUACAAUAAAUAAUGGACAAAGUCCAUGAAAUGUGAGGAGUACAUGACGUUUAGCUGUAUCCAGGAUGGAGGCGGCUGAGCAGCUGAAGGGAGAGUUCACUUUUCAUAAGAUCGCUCCUCCGUGCAUCUUGUGUGUAAAGGUCAUGAACUCCAACUACUGCUGACCCUGAUGCAUAACGUGUGUGUGUGUGGAGAUGAUGUAGAAAAGCCUUUUUAACGUCAGCCAUUGACGUCUUCACAAAGGGAGACGGACCGAGCAGCACUGUGCAGUUUGCUCAGUCAAUGUUUUUGCGACUGCUGAUACCGACGGACACGGAACAUUUCACGGUCGAGGUUCAGGAUGAAGCAGUCCGGGCCGUCCCAGUCAGAGCUGGACCCCUACCAGACCGAUCAGGGCUCCGUCAGUAGAACACGGCGUGUCAAUCAUUCAUGUCGAGUCACACUUCAGUAUUUAAAGCAUUUUGCCUCUGAAGACAUUCUUCAGGUUAUCGUGAAGUUAAAGGCCGAAGUGACACCUUAAAUGUGCGUCUUCUGUAUGUGGAUUUUGUAAAGCCAGUGUUUCAUUUCUUGGUUUGAUAUUUCCUGAUUGUCAUUUGGGGUUAAUGUCAAAAUAAACUUUCUAAAUGCUCA